GCUCUUUUCCUUGUGAAGACGCUAGACAUCCGUGUGAAGACGCUAUACCGUGUGAAGACGCUAUUCCCGGUGGAGACGCUAUUCUUUGUGAAGACGCUAUUCCCGGUGAUGACGCUGUUCUUGCUGAAGACGUUCUUCUGGGUGAAGACGCUCUUCCCGGUGAAGACGCUAUCCCCUGAGAAGACGCUAUUCCCGGUGAAGGCGCUGUUUUUUGUGAAGACGCUAUUCCCGGUGAAGACGCUAUCCCGGGUGAAGACGCUAUUCUUGGUGAAGACGCUAUUCCCGGUGAAGACGCUAUUCUUGGUGAAGACUCUGUUCAGGGUGAAGACGCUAUUCUUGGUGAAAACGCUAUUCCCGGUGAAGACGCUAUUCCGGGUGAAGACGCUAUUCCCCGUGAAGACGCUAUUCCCAGUGAAGACGCUAUUCCCA